GGUUGCUAGCAGCAUCUCUUUAUUGCAGCAGAUGAGUCUCAGUAGUCACGUCAACGCCCGUGUUUCAUAUUGAGCGAUUCAUAUUCCUUGUGGAAUUUGUUAAAAACACCAGCACUAUUUUCCCUUCGUAUCGUGUCUGUAUACCUGUGAACCGUUUGAAAUGGCCGUCAACGUUCAUUUCACUGGCCAAACGACCGAAAAUCUCUCGCGCAUUGAACUGCUCGCCUGGGUUAACCGUAUGCUGUUGGCCGAAUUCAAGAAGGUGGAAGAGCUGUGUACCGGUGCCGCUUACUGCCAGCUAAUGGACGUCCUGUUCCCGGGUUGCUUGCAGCUGCGGCGCGUCAAGUUCUGCACCAAUGUUGAGCACGAUUUCCUCAACAAUCUGCGCAUGUUUCAGAACGCGCUGGUACAGCUGAAGGUGUCCAAAGCCGUACCGAUCGAACGGUUGGCGAAGGGCCGGUUUCAGGAUAACUUUGAGUUUUUGCAGUGGUUCAAGAAGUUUUUCGACGCCAACUACGAUGGGAAGGAGUACGAUCCGAAGGGGGCAAGAAACAAUGCGCCGAUGGGCUACGGUACACCGAGUACACUGAGACCCAGCCAGCGGAUGAACACCGGAUCUGGCGCGUCGGCCCCAUCCGGUCGUCCGAUGAAGCGUACCGGUGGCACAAACGGAUCCACACCGCGUCUACACUCAGAGGACAAACCAGCAGUCGGAGGUGGAAGCGAUGGAGAAUUGCGUGCUGGAAAAGGAGAGAAUCAGAACGAUCGCAUAGCCACGUUGAGUGAGCAGAUUGAUGAUCUCAAUAUCAAAAUACAAGAUGUUGAAAUAUCUCGCGAAUAUUACUACCAAAAGCUGGUGCUGAUCGAGAAUUUUAUCAACGAACAUCCGGAGGAUAGUCACGACGCGUUCUGUGAGAAGGUGAAGGAAAUAAUGUAUGCUACCUAGUGAAAACACAUGUCAAUUCAUCUUACGUAUGUGUUUGUAUGCUUUUUAUGUGUGCAUUAAUGUAAGUUUACAUCUUCGGUGUGUGAUUUUUAAUCUGUUAAAUUAUUUAAAAUGUUGCCUAUGAAGUUU